UUCUGGGGACUUCCUGUGGGAAAGAGAAGGCAGAGCAGGGCACAAAGCGUUUUCUUCUCCACCGGGAGGCUUUUUCUGCAGGAGGAGGUGCACAGAGCCAGGACGGGUGAAAGCGCUCCCUCCUCCCUUAAUCCUUGCAGCAGUUGCAGACCUGACCUACCCACAGUGAGUCACUGGUAUCAAAGUUGUCCUGUUACUUGAUGAGACGUUACGAGCUCACAGCUUUUUGCCUAGUCGGCCAGCUCUCCAGCUCCUUGCAGAGUUCCCCGUGAAAGAGAAGGGGCUGCCUGGCCCAGGGACAGGAUUUCCAAAGCCUCAGCCUGCAGAAAGUGAACAAAAGUCAUUCAAAGGCUGUGCUUUGUGCUGUGACUGUUAGAAGACAGCAUUCAGCUGGCAGGCCGUGCAGACAGCAGAGAAGGCACUAUCACAGAUGGAGACGUGGAGGCACCAGAGAGAGGACCGAGAGGGAAUCCUCUCAGCAGAGGGUCACGCACCUCAAUACACUUUGCUUGGCCUUUUUGUCCUAGAAGUGAGCCAGGAACAAAGAGCUCAAGAAACCAACCCCAGAGAAAUAAGGUGCUCUGAAGGACUGAUUCCAGAGGCAAUUUGCUGAGACUAUUAAUCACGGAACAGACAGGAAAUUAAUUUAAAAUGAUGUCAUAAUAACAGCACAUGAAAGAAACACAAAUGUAGCAUAACCUCUGUAAAUAGAAAAAGAAUCUGUACGCUGACACUUGGGUAAGUGCUAAGCUGAAAGCCAACCAGGUGGCCGGCCUGCUGGGUGAGAGUUGUUAAGUGCUGGAUGCUGGGACCCAGAGAAACAAAGCCCUUCUUGUGCCUGCAGGUGCAAACCUCAUCACGGGUUCAGGGUCGGAGGAGUAUCCCCUGCGUUGAGACAAGGGCUUUGGUCUCUGCCAGAGGUCUGACAUCCUGCUAAAAGGCCUGAAGGGCAGCAGUGCUUCUGGGGAAAUGGGACAUCGCUGAGAUAGGACCACUCCUUCACAAGCCCAUGCCGCCGCUGCCCAGCCUAUGGAAGUGGUCCGGGUAACUGGCUGUUAGAGCUGAAUUCGACAAAAUUUGUUCAGUUUGAAGAUGAAUACCUGAAGUGCUGCAAGUCAGAUUAAAGCAUAGGCACCAGCAGUGCAUGCCAAGGCUCUGUUUGCAGAACCGUGAAGCAAUGCCAAGCCUCCUGCUUCCAAUUACACAAGCCUCAUACCUCCUGCUCCAGAGACUGCAGGCACAGAUUUGACCACCUUUCCUCACCAGCCAUUUCCGAGGGGGGGUCAGGAGAAGAGCGCUGCGGGUUCAGCCCAGCUUGUGCUGCUGCAGACAAGCUGGCGUGUCCUGGUCACCGGGGUAUGAGGUGACUACUUGGACUGUACAAUAUUGGCACACGAAGAGAGAAGUGUGAUGUGCAGUACCCAAGGUUGAAACAUCCAGUCGUAGCUUCAUCCCAAAGAGGAGGAAUAAUGCUGAAGACGUAGGAGACAGGAGCUGAAGCAGCAAAAUGUUCAACCAACCAAAACAGAAAUCAACAGCUACACAUACCUGGCAAGUGUGGGCCAUGUACGUGGUCUUGGCUGUCAGUCUCUCUGAGGAACAAGCCCUGAAGCAGGUCUGUCCUUCAUGCGAUGCCACUCAGUCUUGCAACUGCUCUUCCAUGGGCUUGGACUUCAUUCCCUCGGGGCUCACGGACAAAAUCACGCUGUUAGACUUGGCCCGCAACAGGAUAAAGCACAUCCGAGCGCAUGAUCUGCAGCAGGCUGUGAACCUGAGGACCCUGCUGCUGCAGUCCAACAAAAUCAGCUCCAUAGACGAGGACUCGUUUGUCUCCCUGGGGAAGCUGGAGCUCUUGGACUUGUCAAAUAACCGCCUGGCUCACUUGUCCCCAAGGUGGUUUGAUCACCUUGUUUCGCUCCAGCACCUCCACAUUCACGGCAAUUGCUAUAGCGACCUGGGGGAAAGUUCUCCCUUUUCUAGCCUGAGAAACUUGAGCUCUCUCCACCUGGGCAACCCGCGGUUCUCCACAAUAAGGCAAGGAAACUUUGAGGGCAUUACGCUUCUCGACCAGUUGUGGAUCGAGGGCAGCAAUCUCAGUGUGUAUGAGCCUGGAAGUCUGAAGUCAAUUAAGAAGAUAAAUCACAUGAUCAUAAGCAUAAGAAGGGUAGAUCUGUUCUCAGCAAUUGUUCGUGAUCUUCUGCACUCUGCCAUUUGGUUAGAAAUUAGAGAAAUUAAAUUGGACAUUGAAAAUGAAAAACUGGUGCAGAACUCUACACUUCCUUUAACAAUACAAAAAAUGACUUUUACCAGAGCUUCAUUCUCAGAUAAAUAUGCUAGCCAAAUAAUGGUGUUAUUGAAAGAAAUUACAUCUUUGCGAGAGUUAGAGUCAAUAGAUAGUGUGCUUGAGGGGAAUGGAAAUUGGAAUACUGAAUUAAUUAAAGUAAGUGGACAAAGUUCUGUUGAAACAGUAUCAGUAACUAAUAUGACUAUUCUGCAUUUUUAUUUGUUUUUAGACUUGAAAGGUUUGGAGUCACAAAUAAGUAAACUGAAAAGACUCAGCAUUGCAAGCUCUAAAGUUUUCAUGGUACCAUGCAGUCUUGCAAGAAAUUUUUUAUCGCUUGUGUAUCUUGACUUUCAUGAUAAUUUGCUUGUAAAUAAUCGCUUAAGUGAGACAAUCUGUAAAGAUGCUUGGCCUUCAUUGCAAACUUUAAAUCUAAGUAAAAACUCUUUAAAAUCUCUAAACCAGACUGCAAAAUAUGUAACUAAUCUACCCAAACUGAAUAAUCUUGACAUUAGCCAAAACAAUUUUGGUGAGAUUCCAGAUGUGUGUGAGUGGCCAGCAAAGCUGAAAUAUUUGAAUCUCUCCAGGACUCGUAUUUCCAAAUUAACAGCUUGCAUUCCCUCAACUCUCGAAGUGUUGGACAUCAGUGCAAACAACCUGAAGGAGUUUAAUCUGCAUCUGCCGUUUCUCAAAGAGCUGUACCUUGCAAAAAACCAGCUGAAGGCCUUGCCUGAUGCGGCAAGCAUUCCUAACUUGGUGGCCAUGUCAAUCGGAAGAAACAAGCUCAGCAGCUUCUCCAAGGAAGAGUUGGAGUCCUUCAAGAAAAUGGAGCUGCUGGAUGUCAGCGCCAAUAACUUUAUCUGUUCCUGUGAAUUCCUCUCCUUCAUUCAGCACCAGGCAGGGAUAGGCCAGAUGCUCGUGGGGUGGCCGGAAGGCUACAUCUGCGACUCUCCCCUGGCAGUGAGAGGGGCACAGGUUGGAGCCAUUCAUCUCUCACUGAUGGAGUGUCACCAGUCCCUGGUGGUGUCCUUGAUCUGUGCUGUGUUUUUCCUGGUCAUCCUCGUCCUGGUGGCCAUCGGGUACAAGUACCACGCAGUCUGGUACAUGAGAAUGACGUGGGCAUGGCUCCGAGCCAAGCGGAAGCCCAAGAGAGCCCCCCCCAAGGACAUCUGCUACGAUGCUUUUGUCUCCUACAGUGAGAACGACUCCAACUGGGUGGAAAACGUCAUGGUGCAGGAGCUGGAGCAGGCGUGUCCCCCCUUUCGGCUGUGCCUCCAUAAGCGGGACUUUGUGCCCGGGAAGUGGAUUGUGGAUAACAUCAUCGACUCCAUUGAGAAGAGCCACAAAACGCUCUUCGUGCUGUCGGAGCACUUUGUGCAGAGCGAGUGGUGCAAGUACGAGCUGGACUUCUCGCACUUCCGCCUGUUUGACGAGAACAACGAUGCGGCCAUUCUCAUCCUCCUGGAGCCCAUCCAGAGCCAAGCUAUUCCCAAGAGGUUCUGCAAACUGCGGAAGAUAAUGAACACAAAGACCUACCUGGAGUGGCCUCGUGAGGAAGAGCAGCAGGAGAUGUUUUGGGAAAACUUGAAAGCAGCUUUGAAAUCAUAGGAGAAGUUAGUAGCUCUUGUUUCAGUGUAUUUACUCAAAGGAUAUAGGUCAGUGUUUCUUCCUGCCAAGACAUUGAUUUGUCUUUAUUUUCUGCCUAACAAAAACUGUCUUUCCUGUGGAUGGUCAUGUUAAUAAAUGAAAAAGAGCCACAAAAGGCUUUUCAGUGGUUUGAUAUUCUGAUCUUCCCUGCUAGUAGUCGUGAUAUUUGGAAGUCUUGCGUGAUUUUAGAUAUUUUCUAAAUACAUUUUAGCUGAAUUUAGUGUUUUUCUGUACUCUUUCCUCCUAUCACCAUAUCACUGAUUAGUUCCUGACAAUCCUUUUGUGGUUUACAAUUAGAAAUAAAUAGAAGUGCUUCAAUG